UCAUAAAAGUCUUACCGGUCAUUUUCAGAGCUGACGUGUCUUUCGAGCUUUCCGUGUUGUUUUCCUUCUGCUGUAGCAUCGGGGUUACUGUUAAAUAGAUCUGUUUUAUUGUUUUUCUCGUGUUUGCGAUGGAUCUACGGGCUAUAAUUUUGUUUUCCUUUUUGCUCUUCUCAACUGUCCAAGGACUUAUGUUUGAACUACAGCCAAAUGGCAGAAAAUGCUUAAGAGAAGAAGUGCAAAAGGAUGUUCUUGUCACGGGGGAGUACGAAGUUUCUGAGGUUCCUGGCCAGAGAACCGAUGUGAAAGUAACAGAUAUCAAAGGUCACACCUUAGUAAGCCACGAGGACAAAAGCAAAGGGAAAUUUGCAUUUACAACUGAUGACUAUGAAGUUUAUGAAAUUUGCUUUGUGUCAAAAGUCCCGCCAAAUCUUAGAGGACAGAAGCAUGAGGUUGAAGUAACUGUCAAAAUGGGUCUUGAAGCUAAAAACUAUGAAACAUUGGGGGAAGCUGCAAGAUUAAAACCACUUGAAGUUGAAUUGAAAAGGUUAGAAGACUUGUCAGAAGCCAUUGUUCAAGAUUUUGCCUACAUGAGACAACGAGAGGAAGAGAUGAGAGAUACAAAUGAAUCAACCAAUUCCAGAGUAUUGUAUUUCAGUGUUUUCAGUAUGUUAUGUUUGAUUGCCUUGGCUACAUGGCAGGUGUUAUAUCUGCGUCGCUUUUUCAAAGCCAAAAAGUUGAUUGAAUAAAGCUAUUUCAGUGAAUAUUUGACAAUAAAAAUACCAGCGAAACCGAACAGGAAGUCCAUCGCUGUUCGAACAAA